UCUUUUGACGAUUCGCUUAUAGUUUGCAUUCAUCAACUCGAUUUUGUGUUAGCCAUACUACGUCACCCGGAAGAAAGUGUCAUGCGCAGUAUAACAUUGGUGUUCAUAGUAUAGCAGUAUUUAUGUGCAGUUUCUCUUUACGAUACUCCGAACAAGCCUGAAAAAAUCCGAUUGAAUUUCACCAAUCCUUCUUGAUUUGACAUCAAUCCGAAGAUCAACCGUUCGAUAAAGAUUGAUGAUGGCAUCUAGGCACGGAGAGCUCCUGAAACAGUAUUGCCGGCUCUGUGGAACAAAGACUGCAAUAGCUGAUAACAGGAAUCCAUACAAGAAGGAAGCGUUUGAAAGGACUAUCCAAGAGGCACUUCAUAUCGAUACAAAGGAGGAAGAUGGGGAUGUUUUUCCACCCUUUAUUUGCCUUACAUGCGAAAGGAAGCUGGCACGAUUCAAACUUUUGAAAAGGAAGAAGAAGGUAUUUACAGUCAACAUUCCUUUGAGAGAGUUUAAGCAGCAUGAUGACACAUGUGAGAUGUGUAAAGAAGUGGAUGGAAUUGCUCCGACCCCAAAUGUUGUAAAAGCAGGGAUGGAAGCAGCGGAGGAGUAUGGGCUGUCGUUCAGCAAGCAACAUGAUCGGAUUUUGAUCUUCUCAGUCAUUGUAAAGGAGCACAAUGUCUGCGUUCCAAAAAGCAUCGCCAUAUUUGAAGACAGGACAUGGGAAGUUGCCUUUGUGGGCAAGAAAGUAGCACCUUCAGCAAAUAUUCUGCAUGGUAUCCCUCUUCUUCUGGAUGAAGAAUCUGUCAAGGGACUUGUUAGAUCUGUAGCCGAGUCCAAGGUAUGUGUUGGAAACAAGGACUUUGUUGACUUUCUUAAAAACAAAAACAUCAGAGGGUACGUAGUCGAUACCAACUCGGAGGAAACAGUCCGCAGCAUUAAUUGUAAACUUGUGGCCGAGGACAAUGGUAAAUGCAGCGUGUGUUCCAUCCAGAGGAGUGACUUAUUAUCUAUGAAGAAUAGGAAUAGGUUGUCUUCACCUAUGAAAGCACGUGUUUCGUCAAAGGCCAAGUUGCAAUCUCUGUCGAAAAAGCAACUGAUAUCCAGAGCUAGGAACAUACAGAAGGACAGAAUGAAGGUAAAGAGUAGCCAGAGGAGACUUCAGGACAAAAUAAGGAAAAUGUUUCGAGAGGAGAGUGUGCCGGUUGGAGACACGGAAGAGAUUGAAAAGAUGGUGAAAGGUGCAGCGGGGGUGAUUGAAGAGAAUCUUGUGGAUAAGUCGGCACAAAAGCUGUUGUGGGAGGAGCAAACAAAGGCGUUGAAGACAGGAGACAGGAGACAGAUGCGAUGGCAUCCAUCGGUUAUUCGAUGGGCAAUUGCUGUGCACAGCAAGUCCCCCGCAGCAUACAAACUUAUCAAAGACAGUAAGUUUUUGAUAUUACCUGCAAUAGGAACACUUACAAAGUAUACACAUUACACACAACCGAAAACAGGAGUCCAUCACGAUAUGAUACAGCAAACUAUCAAAGAGAUGAAUUUGAAGCACGAGUUCCAAAGAAAUGUAUCACUCAUCUGUGAUGAAAUGAAGACUAAAUCAGGCAUAGUGUACUCUUCUUCGACUGGAGAACUCAUUGGUUUUGUAGAUGUAGGCAGCAUAAAUAAUGAGUUGCGUGCAUUUGAAAAGCGCCUAAAGGAGGACACAGAUGAACUUGCAAGCCAUGCAUUCAUGAUCAUGGUUCGUGGCUUGUUUUCUCCCGCGAAGCAAGCUGUAGCCCUUUUCCCAACUUCAUCUCUACGCAGCGGGGAAAUCUAUGACUGUGUCAUGAAAACAGUCUUGGCCGUCGAGACAGCGGGGCUGAAGGUACGAGUUGUUGUGGCGGAUGGGGCAUCGUGUAACAGGAAAUUUUUUCGGAUAUGCACUGAUGAUGUUCACGGCUACUACACCAUAAACCCCGCUGAUCAGGACAGAAAAAUCUACUUCUUCUGCGAUGUUCCGCAUCUGUUGAAAACAGCACGCAACAACCUGGAGAAUUCUGGAUUCAACCGCAAAAGUAGGAACUUGCAAUUUGGCGAGAAGCACAUGCGCUGGACACAUCUAAUUCAGCUUUAUGAAUGGGACUGCACCUCGGACUUGCGACUCCUACCUAGAUUAUCGCAUGAACACCUGUACUUGAACCCUUCCCUCCGCAUGAGAGUCAAAUUAGCAACUCAAGUGUUGAGCAAAUCGGUUGCAAACGCACUGAAACUCAGGAGUGACAACACCGGGGAUACCUCUACCGAUGGAACUAGGCAGUUUGUUGAAAUGUUCAACAAGUUCUUCGAUUGUCUGAACGUGUCCACUGCAUCAGAAGGCCAACGGAAGAGAAAUCCCAAUCUCUUGCCCUACCGUGAUGUUGACGAUAGCAGAUUUGAGUGGCUGAGAGACGUUUUCUUGCAGUACCUAUCUGACUGGGAGAAGGCAAUUGCUGAUUCACCCAACCUGUCUGCAAUUGAACGAGAAAGAAGAUGCAUCAGCAAAGAGACACGAGAUGGAUUGAGAAUAACUGUGAAUUCAUUCGUUGAAUUGACUAAGGAGCUGUUGGUGGAAGAAGGUGUACAGUACGUCUUGUCAGAGAAAUUUUCACAAGAUCCUAUUGAGGAAUACUUCUCAAAACAGCGAGGUGCAGGAGGUUCUAAUGACAACCCUACUAUUCAGCAGGUAGCAAAUAACAUGUUGACUUUGCAGGUUGCAGGUGCUGCUGUCAAAGCAUCAAAAUAUGGGAAUGUGACCAAGAGUGAUGGGACUGAUGAUGUACAAGGACUCCCACUUCCCAAAAGGAAAAGACAUGUUGGCAACAUGGAACAUGGUAGUAAAAAGAGAAAAUGAUUGAAGAUGAUUUCUUGUCAUUUUGAUUUCAUUCAUUUUGGCUUGUACAUCUAUGUGUACAAUGACAUUUUUUGAAAGACUAUUCCAUAGAAAGGGACAUCAAGAUUUGAAACAAAGUCUGUUUACGUCUUCCAGAUGUGCCAACCCGAGUCGUUUUAAUGUUAAAGGGAAUCACCAGGCAAAGAAGAACACAUACAUUUUGGUAGCGUUGAAUUAUAUUAAAUAGUUGCCCAACAUUCUGUAAAAGGUUGUGUAAUUUAUAAACAAUACAAUUUAUUAUCACCGUGUAGGGAACCAAAAUGGCCUCAUGCUUCCGUUUGCACCAAGCCUUUUUCAUGUGUUCGUUUGGAGACAAUGUAAUCGUGGAAGAUGCCUUCGUCCUAGACAAAUUGUAGAUGUUGACACAUGAACUCAAGCUUUUAUUAGUAUGGUAAUGUGUUUUCCAGUUUGUUUGAAAACCCAUUUUUCUGAACUUGUUGGUGGAAAGGACUACUAAAAAUGUUACCUAUUAUUAUAUAAUAAUAUUAUUAAUUAUGGGGUACUUGUUCCCUUUAAAUUGGAACUUUUUAUUAUAUCAACGUUGCUGCUGAAACGUUAAUACAUGAUUCUUGAUUAGAUCACCUUAAGGAAAUUUCACAAGAUUACUGUUUCAUAUAACUUUCUCAAGUGUAAAUGUAAAAUUUUUGUAAUUACUAUGUCAGUUGCCAAUCAGCAGGGAAUAUUGUAGUUGUGUUUAAAGUAUUAACAACGAUUAGAAAUGGGACCCAGUACUGGCCACUUUUUCUUGACGAUGGCCUGCUUUGCAAUAUAUCCACAAAAGUGGAUCAAAGAUACAUUUCCAUGAUAUAAGUUGGAAAACAUUUUUGUGCUAUACAAACAAUCAAAAUUAUUUGUUCAUCUCUACAACAAAUGUUAUUCAUGACCACAGAUUACCUAAUGUAGUCGAAUUUUGACGGAAUGUUUUCUUGUGCAUCUUUAUCAUGAACUAGGUUACAUUACAAACAUCCCAGUUAUUGAGACAGUGCUCGAUACAUGUAUUACUACCACUGGCAUAAUGGUUUGGAGGUGUUUUAAAUUAACUUCAGGCCAUAAUUGCUUGACCAGCAGACAAAGGGGGUGUUUCACAAAGAUCUUUAGUGAAACUUAACUUGAGGUUAGACUUAGAAUUAAUGGAGAGCCGUUAAUUUCCUUGAAAAAAAAAAAUGUUUUGUAAUAUACGGCUACAAAUGGCUUUCCAUAAUUUUAGUUCAACCAUAGAAAUAAAGUUGAUGGUUCAACUUAGGAUCCAUGUGAAACUCUCCCAGGCCAAGAAGGAAAAAAGGGUUAAAGUGAUCCAUUAACUUUGCCAAAUUCAACCAAAAGCACUUGGAGCUUUCACACUGCUCUUGUUCAGAUUGUGGUGACAGAAGAAUUACUAUCAGAAAGGUGAUACUUUGUGGAUACACAUAAUCAAUGUACCAUUUUUUCAUUGGGUAAACAUUGUUCCAUUUUGUUUUUAAUAUGUAUAUACAAAGAAUCUUAUAUGAGUAUAUUAUUGAAGUCACAAAUAUCUUUCUGGGAAAAUCUUGUAAAUUAAUGUAUCACUUACUUUUAUUGAGAAUUUGAGAUGUGUGAUAAUUUCAAAUGGAUAUGACUUGUUCAUUUUUUAACUGAUUCCCAUGAGAUGUUGUAUUGAAUUUUAAGUAAAUACAUGAAACAGCAUAUACAUUUAUAGAGGAAUUUUUUUAUUAAAAAGUUGUUAAUAAAAAGCCUUUCAAUCAUGACAAUCAUGUAAAA